CCUGCCCGUUUUCUCGUGGCCUCGGGCCCUCCUUCCCCGGGCCCCACCCGGCCCUCACUCGAAAGUCUCCAAAGUCUGCAGGCGGGGAACUCGCGGAGCUCGGUUGGGGCAUCCCCCGGGGGCGGGAGGCUGCAGGGGGAAGUUCCGCAGCUCGGACCGGGCGGCCCCGCUCAGGUGGAGCGGCUGCACUACGGUGUGACCUCGGGGGGGCCGGAGGCUGAUCUCGGGCGAUAACAAAGCCACAUUGACACCUCGGGGCUGCGCCACAACCCCUUAAUUGCAGGGGGGGUAAGGAAAAAAAAAGAAAAAAAUAAGCAGAAAAAAAGCCCAACACGAGGAGGGAGGGGGGAUCCGGUGUCUCGCGCAUCCCGCGAGAGGGUCUCCAGGCGGUACGGGGUCCUUUGAUCAAGAAAAUCCAAUUAUUUGUGUAUAUACAUUUCCCACAUAGUGAUUACUUCAUUAAUUGUCCCGCCUUUAUCUCCUCCCUUCCCAUCCCCCCUAAUAAUCAGUUCUUUUAUCCCGACCAACAAACACACCAUAGGAGCUUUGUGGAUUCAAAGGAUUUGCUUUCGCUUCUGAAAGAGCCGCUAUUCUUUGAUGAUUGGGUAGCGGCAAACUUCAAAGCCAUAAAUCUUCCUUCUGACUGGCUGGCGGCCCAGCAAAGUCCUUAUCAAAUUCUUGGAGGUGAUCCCGGCGCAGGCAGACGGGCCGCGGAGAUCGGCGGCGCGGGGAGGGCCGGGCGCGGAGGCGAGGCCAGAGGGCAGCGCGGCGCAGCUCAGGCGGCCGGGCAGUCCCGCGGAGUCCCCAUGCCCCGACGGGGCGCCUCGCCCCGGGCGCAGUAGCCAUGGCCGCGGUCGCCGUCCUCCGCAACGACUCGCUCCAGGCUUUCCUCCAGGACCGCACCCCCAGCGCCUCCCCGGACGUGGCCAAGCACUCGCCGCUGGCCCUGCUGGCCGCCACCUGCAGCCGCAUCGGACAGCCGGGCGCCGCGCCCGCCGACUUCCUGCCGGUGCCCUACGAGCCGACGCUCGGAUCCCCCUCCAGGAUCUUCCACCCGUGGGGCGGCGAGAUGCCCGCGCACUCCCCGGGGGGGCUGCCGCCGCCGCACCCCAGCCUGGGGCUGACCCCUCAGAAGAGCCACCUGCAGCCCUCCUUCGGGGGGGGACACGAGCUGCCCCUUACACCUCCCGCCGACCCCUCCUACCCCUACGAGUUCUCCCCCGUCAAGAUGCUGCCCUCCUCCAUGGCCGCGCUGCCGUCCGCCUGCCCCCCCGCCUACGUCCCGUACGCCGCCCAGGCCGCGCUACCGCCCGGCUACUCCAACCUGCUGCCGCCCGCGCAGCCCUGCCGCCAGCUCUCGCCCAACCCGCCUCCCGAGGACCUGCCCUGGUGGAGCAUCCCGCAGGCUGCCGCCCCUCCCGGCUGCGCUCACCGCUUCCCCGCCGCCGCCGCCGCGCUGCCGCGGGGCCUGGUGCUGGGCCACUCGGACUUCGCGCAGUACCAGACGCAGAUCGCCGCCCUGCUGCAGACCAAGUCUCCCCUGGCGGCCACGGCCAGGAGGUGCCGCCGCUGCCGCUGCCCCAACUGCCAGGCGGCCGCGGGCAGCGCGCCGGAGGCGGAGCCGGGCAAAAAAAAGCAGCACAUCUGCCACAUCCCGGGCUGUGGGAAGGUGUAUGGCAAGACGUCCCACCUGCGGGCCCACCUGCGGUGGCACACGGGCGAGCGGCCCUUCGUCUGCAACUGGCUCUUCUGCGGAAAGAGCUUCACCCGCUCCGACGAGCUGCAGCGGCACCUGCGGACUCACACGGGCGAGAAGCGCUUCGUCUGCCCCGAGUGCGGGAAGCGCUUCAUGCGCAGCGACCACCUGGCCAAGCACGUCAAGACGCAUCAGAACAAGAAGCUGAAGGCGGCGGCCGACGCCGUCAAGCGAGAGGACGGCCGCGAUCUGUGACCGCCGAGAGCGCCCGGCGGGGCGGCUCCGGGACUCGCACCUCGAACGGCGAGCGGGAGCCCGGGGCUGCGGGGCAGGACGCUCGCAGCGCCCCGCGGCCGCUGUCCCGAGACGGGCGCUGUUCCUUCGGCCGUCGGGGCGGAAGCGGGGCAGCUCGCGGCCGCGCUCGGCGCUUUCAGGGGAAAAGACUGACGUUCCGUGUACAGGUUAUUUAACGGCUCUGUUUAAUACGAAUGUUUCGUCCCUCGUCCCGGCUCCGCGCGGGGCGCCAGCAUGUUUCUGUACAGCGACCCGCGAUUGCAGCGUGAAAAUAAAUACGUUAACACUGGGGUCAGCAGGGA